AUGAGUGACGAAGACAUGAGUGGCGGCGGCAGUGGUUUCGUGUCCAACACGUGGUCGCCGUCGUCGGGCUCGUCGUCGCCCAAGACAUCGACAGCCAAUCACCACCGGAACCAUAGGGGCGAUGGCGAUGGGCAGACAGGUGGUGGCGGACAGCCGUCCAGUAGGUCUCACUCCGUGUCGCGGAAGGGUCUACACAUCGACUCAUCGGUUCUCAUGUGUCAAAACGGAUGCGGUUUUUAUGGUAACCGCGAGUGGAGUGGCUUUUGCAGCCUCUGCUACAAACAGAUCCGACACAAACAGACCCCAACCCAAGACAAGCCGUCGCUCAUAUCGCCCAUCAAUAAGUGGAUAUCGCCGGAGAUGCUGUCCUUACGGUCCACUCCCCGGUCAUCCAAGUCGUCGUCCGCCACGUCGUCGCAGACCUCUUCGGCCAACAGUUCCGCUCACUCGACGCCUGCGUUCACGAAGUUUGAGGAGAAGAAGAGGCAACAGUCGGACAAAAAGAGCAAAACUCUGAAAUCCAUAUUCAAGAGAGCGGCCACUUUUCGCGAGACGAAGUCCAACAGUUCCAGCGCCUCAUCCACGCCCACGUCGACCACCGGGUCGUCGGCCACUCAGGCGCUCCAGUCGUGGACCGAUCGCCAGCUGUUCUCAUUCGACACGCUAUCGCUCGGCGAGGAAGUGGUGGCGAAGUUCCUCAGAGAAGCGGCCAUUCAUGACAUCAAGAGACAGAUCAACAAAGUGGUCGAUAAGAUGACGAAAGUGCAGCACAAGGCCACCAUCGAGGAGAUGUCGGAAACCAUUCACGACUUCUAUCAGAUGAUGAGCGCCCGGUUCAACGCCAGUCCCUUCUAUCGUGAGGCGAGUAGCGAACAGUUGGAACAGUUGGUCGACUUCACGGAACGGUAUCUCAUGCAACAGUUGUACCAAAUGCUGUUCACACGCAUCCAACACGAGGAGGAGGACAAGGACCUGGCGCUGCAGAAGCUGAUCCGGUCGCUGAACUGGGUGAUGGCGCAGCACCUGGACGUGGACAUAAACCUCCGGCACCCGGAGGUGAAGGACUUAGUGGACAAAGCGAUCACCGAAGUGAUCGAAAUGGACUCAAAACAGGUGCCGCUCGAGAAGUUAGAGUGUAUAGUGAACUGCAGUAAAACGAUAUUCAAAUUACUACAAGUGAAUAGUCAGGAGCCGGUGUCGGCCGACCAGUUCCUGCCGGCGCUGGUGUUCGUUGUGAUCAAAGCCAACCCACCGCUGCUCCAGUCCAACAUCAAACUCAUCACGAGGUUCAGUACGCCGUCGCGGCUCAUGUCGGGUGAGGCGGGCUAUUACUUCACGAACCUGUGCUGCGCGACGGCCUUCAUCGAGAACAUCAGCGGCGAGUCGUUGAGUAUGACGACAGAGGAGUUCCAGAGUUACGUGUCGGGCGAGGCUCAGCCGCCCGGCGCCUACCAGCAGUCGACGUUCCUGUGCGAGGCCUUCCGUAUGAUGGCCUCCGAACAGGCGAUGCUCGCCGACCUCAAGGACAGGCAGACGAAGUUCGAGACACAGCUCAGCGAACUUGCGGACAGUAUUCACGGUUUCCGAGACGAUAUGGUGAAGAAGACGCAGAGGGUUCUGAAGCCUCUGCAGCCGACGGUGUAUUCGGUGGCCACGGAUGUAGACAUCAAAUACAUUCCCACAGCGUUUAGGGAACGGAUUCUCCUGCAGAGGACACAAACCGAAGGAAUUCUCGUCGAUUUGAGUAGUAAUGAUACCAACGAUGACAGCAGUAGUGGUGGUGUUGUGGCGGCGCCUGUAGUCGACGGCGACCACGAGAUGAGUGCCGCCAACAGUGGAACUGAGGCUCAAUUAGACGCCGAAGACGAGUCACCGCCAGAACCGCAUUUACCGCCACCGCUGGCGCCGGAAAUACUACAGAAGCCGUGA